AUGGCGGAGUCCAUCAUUUCUGACGGACAGAAUCAAUCAGAGAGUGUUGUGGCUCUUAACUGUUUAAUGGUAGAGUCUUGGGAAAGGGUUUGUCCUCAAGUCCCAUCAGAUUUCCAUGACAGAGGACAGCCGCCAAUAGUAACUACAAACCAACCAGUUGUAGAUUCUCCAUUAAGUCCAGUAUCUAGUGAGGAUUUAGAUAUCUCAUCACCAUUAUCUGAUGGCUAUAAACCUACACCAUAUCAGGAUACUAGUAAACCACGUAGUUCAAUGGACAGGGAGGAUAGAAUAGCAGUUGGUGGAGCUGGGGACAGUGAACGCUUAAAUACUAGUAAUGUUAACACAAGCAUCACUAGUACUGAUUCUGGUGGUUCACCACGACGUAAACCAAGACACGAAACUGAUAUCAUGAAACUAUCAGCUAUGUCUGGAGAUGGGUACACUGAUAGUCUUUCUAGCAGUCGUCCUGCUUCUGCUGCCAGCUCAAGAAGUCCUUAUAAAGAAAAAGAAGCUGAGAGGCGACAAAAAGAAAAGGAAAAAGAAGAAAGAUUUAGGUUAGCUCGUCAACGAAUGGCAGAAGAACGACAAAGAAAGUUGAUUGAGUUAAAAGAACAACAACGAAUUGCUCAAGAAAAUCGUGAACGUCAGUUAGAAUUACGAAGGAAGAAGAUUGAAGAGCUGAGAAAGAGAGAAGAUGAGAGAAGAGCUGCUGUUGAAGAAAGAAGAUUAAAACGAGAAGCAACUGAAAAGAAUGCUGACUUUGAUUUAAGCUUUUGUAACAAUUUAAGAACAUACAAUAAUAUGACAAGGUUAGGUCAAUAA